UUUUUUAAAUCCAAAAUUAGGCGUUUUAUUUUGAGCUAAUUUUUUAAAGUGAAUCAGAUAAACAUUUUUAACCUAAUCUUAAAAUCUUCCUAAAUCUCAGGGUUUCUUUUUAGUUGUCAAUUACACCCAAAUUACAGCUCUCAAGCUGUCCAUUUGACUUGCUGUUACUAUAUAUAUUCUUCAUUCUUGAUUUCAACUUUUAUAAAUCAAGAAACUUUCAUUCUUUCAAUUUACAACUCAAGAAAAUUUCAGGGUAUUAGCUGAAAAAUCAAGAAAUCAAUCGAAACGUUUCUUUCAAAUCAAGAAAACUUCAGGUUAUUGUUUUUUUCGCACCAUAUUAGCUGAAGAAUCAAGAAACCAAUCGAAACGUUUCUUCAAAUCAAGAAAACUUCAGGGUAUUUUUUUUAAACACCAUAUUAGCUGAAAAAUCAAGAAAUCGAUCGAAACGUUUCGUAAAAAUCAAGAAAACUUCAGGGUUUUGCUUGAAUUCAAAUUUUAUAAAGAACCAACUAAUCAAGAAUCGAGCUUUUUGAUUUUCUUUAAUGGAAGGGAAUAACCCAGUGAGGUUUAUAUUGGGAAAGCAGUCAUCUUUAGCACCAGAAAAAGCCAGAGAAUUGGAAGAUUUUAUAUGCAAUGAGCAUGAAGAAGGAUCUGAUGACACGAGUUCUCAUCAGGAGGAGGAAUUGGAGAGCCAGAUCCAUCCUGGCGUGUCACUAAUGUAUUCUUGCCAUGGAGGUGACUUGGAUGGAAUUCGUGAGCUAUUGGAUUCAGGAGUAGAUGUCAAUUUUCGCGAUAUUGAUAACCGUAGCGCGCUUCAUCUUGCUGCUUGUCAAGGGUAUACUGAUGUUGGUGCUUUGUUGCUUGAUUACGGUGCUGAGAUUGACCCGAAAGAUCGCUGGGGUAGCACGCCUCUUGCUGAUGCUAUAUACUACAAAAACCAUGAUGUGAUCAAGCUUUUGGAGAAGCGCGGUGCAAAGCAUCUGACGGCUCCAAUGCAUGUUAAUCAUGCGCGUGAAGUUCCAGAAUAUGAGAUUAAUGCUAGUGAACUUGAUUUUACUAAUAGCGUGGAAAUAACAAAGGGAACCUUUCAGUUAGCAUCAUGGCGUGGGAUUAAAGUUGCUGUUAAAAAACUUGGAGAAGAAGUGAUCUCUGAUGACGAUAAAGUGAGAGCAUUUCGAGAUGAACUUGCAUUGCUUCAGAAGAUACGUCAUCCAAAUGUGGUUCAGUUUUUGGGUGCUGUCACUCAAAGUAGUCCUAUGAUGAUUGUAACAGAAUAUCUACCCAAGGGAGAUCUCUGUGCAUACUUAAAAAUAAAAGGAGCAUUAAAACCAGCAACAGCUGUGAGAUUUGCACUUGAUAUUGCAAGGGGAUUGAGUUAUCUGCAUGAGAAUAAACCACCAAUAAUUCACCGUGAUCUUGAGCCUUCAAAUAUUUUGCGGGAUGAUUCUGGACAUCUCAAAGUUGCAGAUUUCGACGGGAGCAGGUUGCUAACAGUUAAAGAAGGCAAGCCUUUAACCUGUCAAGGCGCUUCUUGUCGAUAUGUAGCUCCAGAGGUCUUCAAAAAUGAAGAAUACGAUACUAAAGUGGACGUCUUUUCCUUUGCUUUAAUUUUACAAGAGAUGAUUGAAGGCUGCCCACCAUUCUCAGGAAAGCAAGAUCUUGAAGUUCUAAAAUCAUAUGCUGCAAAAGAACGUCCGCCAUUUAAAGCUCCAUCAAAGCAUUACCCACAUGGACUUAAAGACUUGAUUCAGGAGUGUUGGAAUGAGAAUCCGGCCAAGCGACCAACUUUUAGACAAAUAAUAAAGAAGCUGGAGACAAUUUAUAACAGCAUCGGUCAUAAGAGGCGCUGGAGGGUCUGUUUCUUUCUCUCUUCUUCUCCCGUGACACGUUAAGCCGCUUAGAUGCUUUCAGGAUUUCGAGGCGAUGUUGAAGAAGGAUCUGAGUCUAAGUGACAGCAAUCAUUCUUCACACUCCGACAGCCGUGUAUGAAAAAGCGAAGAUUAUCUCUUUUAUAUUCUUUCCGAAAUCGGUAGUGAAAAACUAAAUUCAUUGUAUUUCAGAUCAUAGGUUUAUCUAUCAGCAUUGUGCAAUUAGACCUAAUAGAAUUGAAUUAUCCCAACUGAAUUUAUGAGUUGGGAAUCAUGUUUGAAUUUCAUUGUAUUCUUGACAGCAAUAUUUUUGCUGUUCAUGUUCAUUAUGUGUGUAUUAUCAGUAAUCAUUUGUUUCUAUUA